AUGGCCGAUCCUGGGAACAGACGAAGGCUUCACUGCCCCCUGAGUCUCACCUGCUCCCUGCUUAUUGUGGGAAUGUGCUAUGUGUCGCCUGUCUUCUGCCACAGUCAGACAGACCUGCUGGCUCUUAACCAAGCUGAUCCUCAGUGCUGGGAGUCCUCCUCAAUGGUCCUCUUGGAAAUGCAGAAGCCUCGUGUUUCUAACACGGUCUCUGCCUUUUGGGAUUUUAUGAUCUACCUGAAGUCGUCUGAGAACUUGAAGCAUGGGGCACUGUUUUGGGAUCUAGCCCAACUCUUCUGGGACAUCUAUGUAGACUGUGUCCUCUCCAGGAACCAUGGCUUAGGAAGGAGGGAACUGGCUGCAGAUGAGAAAGUCUCAAGAGCGCUGCGGAGGCACUCUGGCAUUAAACAAGGUGCAUAUUCUCAGCUCCUUAGAACCCCUUUCUUAAAGAAGAAAGAAUCGAUUGAAGAUUUGAUAAGCGUGCACAUGCGCAGGCGAGGCUCCAGGUUCACUGGAAAAGUGAAGCUGAAGUAAAGAAAAAAUAAAGCUACCUUCGGAGCUAACUUGAUCCCUCUGCCUUUCUUCACCCCCAAAGUCUUACUCUACAUUGAGGAACUAAGAGAAGGAGGUUAG